AUGUCAUUUCCCGAUGUUUUGAAGCGCGGCGAUGACUUUCUAUCGCAAUAUCCAAGGACCAGUCCAUUAUGGCAAUUGGGGUCGCAUGCUACUUGCCUCUUGACAGUUGGUAUCUCGAAACUUAUUUUGAAAACAUGUUAUAAUGUGCAGUUGUCUCAUUUUGAUCGACUUGAAACGGCCAUAGAUCGCUCAGUAAGUGAGAAUCGUGGUCUGAUGACUGUCAUGAAUCAUAUGUCAGUGGUAGACGACCCGUUCAUAUGGGGUGUUUUUCCAUGGAGAAUAUAUAGGGAUCUGGACCACAUCCGUUGGUGUCUUGGUGCUCACAACGUAUGCUUCCAAAGAAAGUUUCUAGCCAAUUUUUUCUCGCUGGGAAAAGUGCUGUCUACAAGAAGAUUUGGUGGUGGGCCUUUCCAAGGCUCCAUCGACGCUUCCAUCAGGCUUCUUUCACCAGACGAUACUCUAGAUCUUGAAUGGACCCCCAGUUGGGCUCAGGAGGAGAAGGAAACGCCACAGCAGAAGCAAAUAAGCACAGUAACAGAACUUGCGAAAACUUAUACUCCUCCUGUGAAAAGAAGCAAACCGUCGUGGGUUCAUGUUUAUCCAGAAGGAUUUGUCCUGCAACUUGAGUCCCCAUAUGCUAAUUCCAUGAGGUAUUUCAAAUGGGGUAUCACUCGUAUGAUUCUGGAAAGUACAAAAGCUCCCAUUGUAGUUCCAAUUUUCAGCACAGGAUUCGAAAAGAUAGCCCCCGAAUCUGCUGCAGGGACUAAGAUUGAACGGUAUCUUCCGCGAAACUUUGGAGCCGAGAUCAAAGUCAUGGUCGGCAGCCCAAUUAAUGACGAAAUAAUAGAAGCAUACCGAGACGAGUGGAAAAAACUGGUCGAUAAGUAUUACGAUCCCAAGAAUCCUACUGAUCUCACCGAAGAGUUGAAGGUGGGUAACGAAGCACAAAGUUUGCGCAGCAGGCUAGCCUCGGAACUGAGGGCACAUGUUGCCGAAGUCCGUCAUGAGGGCCAUAAUCUUCCAACCGAAGAUGAAAGAUUUCGGUCUCCGCAGUGGUGGAAACAAUACACAGAAUCUGAGGGUCUGUCAGACCCCACCGUCAGGUUUAUAGGUAAAAACUGGGCGGUAAGGAGACUGCAAAAAUUUUUAAAUGAACAAACGGACGCUGAGUCUAGUGAAAGUGACUCUAAAUCUGAUGUCAAGAAAUGA